AUGGUUCGAACUAAGCAAACUGCCCGCAAAUCCACUGGAGGUAAAGCACCUCGCAAACAGCUCACUACCAAGGCCGCUCGCAAGAGUGCGCCAGCUACCGGCGGAAUCAAGAAGCCCCAUCGCUACAGACCUGGAACUGUUGCUCUUCGUGAAAUUCGUCGUUAUCAGAAAUCCACUGAACUUCUCAUCCGCAAACUUCCCUUCCAGCGUCUUGUUCGAGAGAUUGCCCAAGGGUUCAAAACAGAUCUCCGCUUUCAAUCUUCCGCAAUCGGUGCCCUUCAAGAGGCCUCCGAGGCAUAUCUUGUCUCUCUCUUUGAAGAUGUGAAUCUUUGCGCCAUCCAUUCCAAACGUGUCACCAUUAUGGCAAAAGAUAUCCAGCUUGCUCGUCGCAUUCGUGGUGAACGCAACUUGUAA